ACUAGUUGCAUACGACAGCUUGUCAGUUUCUGUAAUAUUUUAAAUCGACAAAGAACAGGUAUACGACUUCAUCUUCUCCAAAUCGCUCUCCUCUCAUCUUAUCCUCAACUCACCUCAUCCUCUUCUGCCCCAAAUUUCAUUCUUAAUUUCCCAAUCCCAACACUUCAAGCACACUUCCAGUUCCUGGGUCAACAUCACAAAAUUAACACAUAUGACAAUGGACGAUUCUCUUCAUCAUCAACAAGCUUCAGCUUUAGUUUCAGCGCAGAACGAGUCGUGCUAUGACAGAGCAAAAGCAAUCAAGGCCUUCGACGAUUCAAAAGCCGGCGUCAAGGGGCUGGUCGACGCCGGCAUUAAAAGAAUCCCAGAGUUCUUCGCUGCGGGGCCGGAGGAAGUAUUGGAGUCGGGGCCGACCCACCUCCAGAUUCCGGUGAUAGACCUUGCCGGCGCGCGCGGAGACGCGUUUCGGCGGAAGACCAUCGUGGACGACGUCCGGCGGGCGUCGGAGACGUGGGGGUUUUUCCAGGUACUGAACCACGGGUUGGGGAAGGAGGUGUUGCCAGAGAUGAUUGAAGGAGUGCGCAGAUUUAACGAGCAGGCGACGGAGGUGAAGAUGAGAUAUUACACGCGGGAUGUGAAGAAAGUGAGAUUUAACAGUAAUUUUGAUCUUUAUCAGUCCAAGGCUGCCAAUUGGAGAGACACUCUGGUCUGCAUCAUGGCUCCGGAUCCCCCUAGCGCUGAAGAGUUGCCGGAAACCUGCAGGGAGAUCAUAAUGGAGUACUCGAAGAAAGUUAGGGAGUUGGGAUACACCCUAUGUGAGCUGCUAGCAGAGGCUCUUGGGCUCCAUCCAAAUCACCUGAUAGAAAUGGAUUGUGCAGCGGGGCAUGCCAUUUUCUGUCACUACUACCCCGCUUGCCCCGAGCCCGGCCGAACUUUUGGAACGAGCAGGCACUCUGAUCCCGAUUUCUUCACCAUCCUUCUGCAGGACCAAAUCGGUGGCCUCCAAAUAUUUCAUCAGAAUCAGUGGGUUAAUAUUUCUCCCUUGGCAGAAGCCUUGGUAGUUAAUCUUGGAGACCUAAUGCAGCUGAUAUCUAAUGACAAGUUCAGAAGUGCUGAUCAUAGGGUUUUGGCUAAUCGAGUCGGCCCUCGAAUAUCGGUGGCCUGCUUCUUCUCGACUCAUUAUCAGCCAUCGAACAGGUUCUGCAGUCCCAUAGAGGAGCUGCUAUCUGAUGAUAAACCUCCAUUGUACAGAGAAAUAUUGGUGAGUGACUAUGUUAGCUUUUUCAAGUCAAAAGGACUAGGCAGUGGUCUGGCACUCGACUAUUUUAGGUUAUGAAGCUCAUGAAAGAAAAGAAAAUAAUUGUUGAGAUUGCAGCUGGUGGAGUCGUUGGUAGCCGCACCAACCAGCUGCUUAUGCUGAAUUUUGAGCAGCAGUAAGUGGAAAUUGACAGUCACUUUCACCUACAUUGCAUCAACCCCCCCCCCCCCCCCCCAAAAAAAAAUCCAUGGCUAUAAAUGCGAUGGGUGUUGUGUUGUAGUGUAAGUGAUGCAUGCAUGAGUGUGUGAGGUAGAACAGAGAGUGUUGUGUGUGUGAGAGAGAAUUGAGUAGAAAGCAGUAGCAUCCUCCUUGUAUUAUUCUCUCGGUUAUAGUGAAGUUGUGUGUGCUCCAUGGAUGUAGGUCAAGUUGGACCGAAUCACAUAAAUUUGGUGCUCCAUUUGUGUUA